CCUCCAAGCAGAAAUGUCAAAAUGGCGUCAACUCAGGACGCUUGGUAUAUUUCUUUACUUGGUUUAGCGGAACAUUUCCGCACAUCAAAUCCUCCUGACAUAAAAAGUUGUAUUCAGUGCCUUCAAGCUGUAUUUAAUUUCAAACCACCACAGAGGGUCGAGGCUAGAACACAUUUACAACUCGGGAAUAUCCUUUUGACACACACUAAAAACAUCGACUUGGCGAGAACGCAUUUGGAACAGAGUUGGUGUUUAUCUCAGAGUAUCAAUGGGUUUGACGAUGUCAAGUUCGAAGCGGCGAGUGUCCUGGCCGAGCUCUUUGAGCAACAGGGUCAACCGACUCAUUCUAAACCUAUACUACGAAAGGCUAUCGAAUUAUCGCAGCACAGUGUUUACUGGCACUGCAGGCUAAUUUUCCAAUUGGCACAAAUCCACGCAACAGAGAGAGAAUAUGAAGUGGCUAGCAGUUUACUAGGUGUGGGGGUGGACUACGCACAGAUAUCUAAUGCUGCAUACACACGAGUACUGUUUUUGCUCAGUAGGGUAAUGUUACUAUUAAUAGACAAAAAGAUCCAAGAAGUUCUACCUCUGCUGAACCAGGCAGGACACCUCGUGGAGACGUGGGCGGGGAGCCCGCACCAAAAAGAAUACUUAAAAGUUUUCUUCCUAGUAUUGCAGGUAUGUCAUUAUUUGAUGGCGGGGCAGGUGAAGAGCGUGAAACCGUGUUUGAAGCAGCUCCAACAGAGUAUUCAGACUAUUAUGGCGCCUACAUGGCCCGAUGAUGAUGCGGUGUGCGGUAGCGCGGCGGGCGAGUCGUUCGUGUGGCUGUCGCGGCAGCAGCUGUACGUGCUGGUGUACCUCGUCACCGUCAUGCACUCGGCGCAGGCCGGCUACAUGGACAAGGCGCACAAGUACACCGAGAAGGCGCUGGCGCAGAUCGACAAGCUCACCUCGAGCGAGGAGGGCGGCGAGGCGGGCGGCGCGGGCCCGCGCGGCGGCGCGGUGCUGGCGUGGCGCCUGCGCAUGGCGCUGCUGGAGCACGCCGCGCUGUGCCGCCUCGUGGCCGGCGGCAAGGCGCACGCGCUGCACGAGAUCGCGCGCGCCGCGCACCUGCUGGCCGCCGCGCCCAGCGCGAGCACGGCGGCCGCGCACACUCCGCAGCUACACUGCCUCCUGGGGCUGUACGCCAUGUCCAUGAACUGCAUGGAAGCGGCCGAGGCGCAGUUCCAUACCGCCAUACAUAUGUCACAAGAAAGGGACCUAUGGAUGUUUGCGAAACUAAAUCUAGCAAUUGUAUACUUGCGGGGGAGGAGAGAUAACGACUUAGCUCAACUAAUGGAACAGGUGAGGCCCGAGGCGUUACCUGCUUAUGCUCACGGCCUGCGGGCAGCGUCCUUCUAUGUGUUAGGACUGCAGGCGUUCUUCCAGGCGCGAUAUAACGAGGCGAAACGGUACCUGCGGGAGACGCUGAAGAUGGCGAACGCCGAGGACCUGAACCGGCUAACGUCGUGCUCGCUGGUGCUGCUGGGGCACAUCUUCCUGUCCAUCAACAACUCGCGCGAGAGCAUGAACAUGGUGACGCCGGCCAUGCAGCUGGCCAGCAAGAUCCCCGACGUGCACGUGCAGCUCUGGGCCUCCGCCAUCCUCAAAGACCUGUACAGACUGGCGGGCGACACGGAGCGUGAGAACGAGGCGUACCAGAUGCACUGCAACUUCUCGCAGGCGCUGCUCAAGGACCACUUCCAGGCCACGCAGAUGCCGCAGCACGCGCUCGUGCAGUGGACCUCGGGCGCGCCGCCCGCGCUGCCGCCGCCCGCCGCGCCGCAUUCCACGUAG